AUGAACAUUGAGAAUGGUUUGCGGCAGCUGAGAUUAGGCACAGAGCAGGAACGAGUGUCUCGCAGUCGUGCGCCACAUACGACAACAAGCAGUAGAUCAUCAGCAUUGCCACGGCAACCUGUACGAAUUGGUCACGAACGUCAGCGACCUCCAAGUCCAGGAUCCUUCCUUAGAAACGAAGCAGUUCCUAGUGCUCGUGAGUUUCGUCAAGAACUUCUUCAUCGCAAUUCCAGCCUA